AUGUCGUCAAGUUCCUCCGAUCGAACCGCUUCCGCCUCCGGCAAUCCAACUCCGGCAGGUGCGAACGGUCUUUCCGGCGCUCACCACUUCGUGAGCAUGAAACUGACGCACAGAAAUUUUCUGUUAUGGCGCACCCAAAUAAUCUCAUUCCUUCGCGGCCAAGAACUGUUUGGAUAUGUGGACGGGAGUUAUCCAUGUCCUCCGGCCACGAUUGCCGCUCCCUCGACCGGGACCUCCGACGACGCGACUGCCUCCAUCAUCCCCAAUCCGGCGUUCAAGGCCUGGGAGAAACAGGAUCAGUCCAUAUUUUCGUUAUUGGUGUCCUCCAUGGCGGAUGAAGUUCUCCAUCUCGCCGUCGGAAAAGAAACCUCUGCUGCCGUGUGGUCGUCUAUUACAUCCGCUCUCGGAUCGUCGAGCCAAGCCAGAUGCCUCAGUCUAUUGGGGCAGUUCCAGGUUCUCCAGCAAGGCCACUCCACCAACGCCGAGUACCUCGGGCGUGCGCAAUUGCUCGUGGAAGCCUUAGCUCAGGCCGGCCGGUCGUUAUCCCUCAUGGAGUAG